AUGCACAAAUUCCAAUCCCUUCAUCAUUCAACAAAAUUUCUGACAAAACAAGGCUGUACAAACGCUCUCACCAAUCAUGUAUUAGCAUCAUCAUCGUUUCAUAAAUAUAAAGGCUUCUCUUUCAUCAAUUUGAAAAGCUCUCAUGGAAUAUUUUACAAGAACACCUUCGGAGUAGCUCGACGAAAUUUUAGCUUUAAAUUUGAAGACUCACAACAAGAUCACAAGCGAGCGAGUUUGGCAAGUGAUGAUGGCUCAGACAAUAUUGAUUUCCGAGAAGUUACCGAUAGAAUGAAGUAUUUGGAGGCUCAAUAUGAGCCAAAAGUAAAUUUUGAAAUACUUGACGAGCAACCAAUAAUUAUGCGAUUUGAUGGAUUUCACUUUAAAUCAUUUACUUCCAAUGGUGAUAUUUUCGAAAAACCUUUUGAUGCUAAUAUUCACUGGGCUAUGAUGCUUGCGGUCCGAGAUUUUUGUGUGAAAGGAGUGAAUCUUGCUCCUACUUUGAUUUAUAUUUGUUCCGAUGAGAUAACGUUGUUAUUCUCUUCAAAAACAGAGAAAGGUGUCUCACAUCCAAGCCACUAUAAUGGUCGUAUACAAAAAUUGAUAAGCAUAUCUACAAGUUUUAUGACGGAAGGGUUUAAUUACUACCUCCGCAAACUGUUAUCCAAUAAUUAUGAGAGUUUUGAAAAAAGAAUUGAAUACGACAGUAAGAAUUUAAAAUCUCAUUCUAAAAAGAUACUCACACCAUCCGAUCUCAAUCUCAGAAGGGAAACUCGACAAAAACUCAUUGAUGGUAAUAUUGCUGGCCACUUUGAUUGUCGUGUCUAUCAAGUACCUUCGGUAUCACACGCUGCAGAAUACAUUUUGUGGAGACAACAUGAUUGUGUUAGAAAUAGCAAGACUAUAUUGGGCAGUAAAUAUUUCGAACAACCUAAAAUGGACAAUCUUUCAGCAGCCGAAGUUGUAGAAAUGGUGGAACAAAAAUCAGGAGUGAGAUGGACAGAUUUUCCCAACGAAUACAAGUAUGGCACGUUUAUCAAGAAAAUCAAACAUUUCAAAUCAGGAUUCAAUCCAAUCACAAAAACCAAUACGACUGUUGUGCGUACUAGCCCAUUCAAUCAAUGCAUCAAACUCAUGCAUUGCUCUCCAGAAUUUAUCACAAAUUUAGUGACCCAACCCCAAUGGUCUCACAAUGUGCUAGCAUGUAAUCCAAUGCAUGAACCAGAAAAGGUUGUGUUGAACUAUCCUACAGGAGUUAGUUUCACUUUUGGAGUACAACCUUAUAGUUUUGGAGUUGGCAAUCAAGCACCCGUUUUACAUAAGGACCAUCUCAACUCUCCAUUCAACGAACAUGUGAUGAAGUUUUCGUGUACGACUUUGGCUGCUCUUUCAGAAAUGGAUCAUGUUUGA